AUGUCCAUGGAACGAGCACUUGGAAAGGCCUCCAUAUUAUCAUUCAUUGAUUUAUUGCAACCACAACAACAUUGCUCCUCUCUUACGUAUUUCCACCAUCAAAAAGCAUCAUCAUCACCAACCAUCACCCUAUUCAACAUUUGCAUCUUUCUAGAUCUGAAAUCUGUUUCUUCUCUCCGACAAGCAUGUUCCCUUUUGAAUUCACUCUUUGAACUCAUUUCCGAGCAAUUCUUUUCAUACCAUAUCGAUCAUUUUCUGUUCGGAAGACAUCAAUUUCAUGAAGGUGUUCUGAAACAUUUACCAUUGUCUCACUACUUGAGAGAACAAUUCUAUUCAAAUGACCAACAGCAAGGCCAAGACGAAAGCGAGUUCAAUAACAUCCAUUCCACACCAAACAUAUCGCAUCAUCAUGAUUCAGCUCGUUUGAGUCCAUUUUCCCAUUCCUUUUCACAUUCAACAAAUCAAUUUUUUAGAGAGCUGUUAAAAGAAUUUAUUCGUGAGCCUCUACAUGAUAUGAAAUAUGAAGAAACGGACGUGAAUUUUAAAAAGUAUUUGGGACUUGGGGGUGUAGUUCGUGUGACAUUAUACAAACCGUGCCGAUUACUUGAGACAGUUCUUUUUCUUGUAUUCAAUGUAGAAAAAAACGAUGGAAACCUUAAUCAAGAGGAAUCAAGCUCAGUUCUGAAUCAACAACACAGAACAGCUCCUAAUACUACUUCUUCCUCUAACAACAUCUCCUUCACGAUCCUCAACAAUCACCACAGGAAGAGAAAAGUUGCAUUUCACAAAUUUGCUCUAUUAGCGUCCUUGUUCCCACUAUUGACAAGUGCAUCCAUUCAUAUCAGCGAAGAACAUGACGGCAACAACGAGACACUCCGUCAUUCAACAAGGAACAUUGACAGUAGUACCGUGUCACAUAUUCUCAAAACGACACCUGGAGGACUAUUGUCCUGGAUGUACAACCGUCACGUUCAUCCACAUGAUGAAUUAAACGAUGACAGUGAAGAUGAAGAGGAAAUUUAUAAAGAAGGGGAAUAUCAAAGCGAAUCCGAUGACGACGCUUCCGAUCGUUGUACAUCACCUCUUCCAGAAGAUUAUUUCAAUUCAGAAUGUUUCAUACAUUUUCAUGCUCAUCCUCACAUUCUUGCCCUUAAUCCAUACAUGGAAAGAGUGUUAAAAUAUCAUCAUGUAAGCAACACGCCUCACGAAGAGAGAAUUGAGGAUUUCAAAGCGUGUGAUAUUUUCAAAUACUGUGCUCGACCUCCCAAUAGUCUGUACCUUCGAAAAGGACAAGAAGAGAAAAUGGAAGAAACUCUCUCGAAAAUUCGUGAAUAUUUAUUUAACGAAAAUUAUGAAGGAAAUCACAUUUUUGAUUGGUCUGGAACGAUUCAGAGGAGAAAAUGUUGGAGUAUUUAUUGGCAACCUGGGUUGGAACAUUGGGGUUGUUUUUCCUUUACCAUUUUCAAUAUGAAAAAGAAGUUCUUCGUGGUGGCCACAGCCAGUGAAUCUGAUUAA